GCAGUGGCUCUGCAGCACCCCGGUCCCUCUGCACAGCCCCCGUCCUCCGGCACGGUGGCCAUGGCACCCUGGCUGCCCACCAAGGAGGAGAAGUAUGGCGUGGCCGUGUGGAACUUCCCGAGCACCAAGGAGCAUCACCUCCCGCUGCAGAUUGGGGAGACAGUGCACAUCCUGCAGGCCUCCGAGGGUUGGUACCGCGGGUACUCGCUCCGGAACAGGGCUGCCCAGGGCAUCUUCCCAGCAUCAGUGAUCCGGCUGAAGGGCGCCACGGUAGAGCACCGGGGGGUGGAGGAGAGCGUGGUGCUCGCCGAGAUGCCGAUGGUGCAGGAGAUCACUACCACGCUACGGGAGUGGGCCACCAUCUGGAAGCAGCUCUAUGUGGCUGGGCAGAUGGAGCGGUACGAGCAGGUGAAGAGGAUGAUGCAGGAGCUGAUGGAGAAGCGCUCACAGCUGCUCUCAGGGACACUGCCCAAGGACCAACUUCUGCGGCUCAGGAAGGAGGUGACCGGCAGGAUGGACUAUGGCAACAAGAUCCUAGCACUGGACCUGGUGGUGCGGGAUGAGGAUGAGAACAUUCUGGACCCCGACAGGACCAGUAUCAUCAGCCUCUUCCAGGCACACAGGAGAGCAGCACAGACCCUCACCCAGCGCAUCCAGGAGGAGAUGAGCCCACAGCCAGGAGCACCGGGUCACAGCACCCAUGGGGCAGCUUCACCCUCCCACAGCCUCUACCUGUGCGUUCGCAACUUCGUCUGCCACAUUGGGGAGGAGGCGCAGCUCUUCAUGGCACUGUACGACCCCUGCGAGCAGCGCAUCAUCAGCGAGAACUACGUGAUGCGCUGGGCCAGCACUGGGGUCCCCCAGGACAUUGAGCUGCUCAACAACCUCAAGGUCGUGUUCACGGACCUGGGCAGCACGGACCUGAAGCGGGAGCGGCUGUUCCUGGUGUGCCAGAUCAUCCGGGUGGGACGUAUGGACCUGCGGGACACCCACAGCCGCAAGCUCAGCACGGGCCUGCGCCGGCCCUUCGGCAUCUCAGUGAUGGACAUCACCGACAUCACCAAGGGGACAUGUGACAGCGACGAGGACAAGCAGCACUUCAUCCCUGUCCACCUGGUGGCUGCUGACAGUGAUUUUCUUCACAACAUGAUCCGGAAGGCAGUGGAGGGGAAGGACAUCAACCACAAGGGACAAGGGCUCUGGGUGUCCCUGAAGAUGCUGUGGGGAGACCUGAGCCAGGUGCGGAAGGACCACCCACACCUGGUGGAUCGCAGCACGGUGGUGGCUCGCAAGCUGGGCUACCCGGAGGUCAUCAUGCCAGGUGACGUCAGGAACGACAUCUACCUGACACUGGUGCAGGGUGAGUUCGACAAGGGGAACAAGAAGACGCAGAAGAACGUGGAGGUGACCGUGUGUGUCUGCGACGAGGCGGGAAGUGUGGUGCAGAAUGUGAUCCAGGCAGGCGCGGGGGACAGCCCCACCAGCCACUACCGCUCCGUCGUCUACUACCAACAGCGGCACCAGCGCUGGAUGGAGACUCUGAAGAUUGCCGUUCCCAUCGAGGAUGUCCACAGGACCCACCUGAGGUUCACCUUCCGCCAUCGCUCCUCCAGUGACUCCAAGGACCGGAGCGAGCGGAUUUUCUCCAUGGCCUUUGUGAGGCUGAUGCGCCCCGACGGCACCACAUUGCGGGAUGGGGAGCACGACCUGGUGCUCUACAAGGGUGACAGCAGGAAGCUGGAGGAUGCCAGCGCAUACCUGUCCCUGCCCUCCGAGCGGAACCUGUCGGAGUCAAAGCUCCUCUCUGGCUCCUCCUUCCGUGUGAGUGGGGCCACGUCGGGCUUAUCUGUGUCAACCCGGGACAGCUUCCAGAUCUCCACCCUCGUCUGCUCCACGAAGCUGACCCAGAAUGUGAACCUGCUGGGGCUGCUGAAGUGGCGCUCCAAGCCCAGUCUGCUCCGCGGGAACCUCCAGAAGCUGAUGAAUGUGGAUGGAGGGGAGGUCAUCAAGUUCCUCCAGGACACACUGGAUGCCCUGUUCUGCAUCAUGAUGGAGCACUCGGACACAGAUGUCUAUGACACACUUGUCUUUGAUGCCCUGGUUUUCAUCGUGGGGCUGGUGGCCGACAGAAAGUUCCAGCAUUUCAACACAGUCCUGGAGGCCUAUAUCUGCCAGCACUUCAGUGCCACGCUUGCCUACAAGAAGCUGCUCUCGGUGUUGACUCAGUACGUGGAGCAGGCAGGCCGGGGAGAGCCCUGUGAGCCCCUGCCACGCACCUUCAAGGCCUUGGAGUACAUCUUCAAGUUCAUCGUCCGCUCCCGGCACCUCUUUGCCCAGCUCUACGGGGGGAAGGAGACGGCCGAGUUCCAGCGCUCACUACAGCGAUUCUUCCUUGCCCUGAACCAGCUGAUGGAGUCCCCACUGGAGGGUCCCACACUGCUCUCCCAGGGAGCAGCCCUCAAGUACCUGCCCUCCAUUCUCGAGGAUGUGUUUGGGAUCUUUGACUCCUCUGCAUUGGGGGCCGUGCUGCGGGACUUCGUGGGGAACCUGCCACCCCAGCGCCUGCUGAGGCAGAAGCUGCAGUCCCUGACCCACAUCGCCAGCAGCAGAGUCUUCCAGUCCCAUGAGUGCCGGGAACUGGUGCUCCAGGCAGCCCUGCCCAUCCUGCGGGAGCUGAUCCAGGCAGGCGAGGAGGAGGACGCCUGCAUUGAGCUGCUCAGCAGCAUCCUGGAGGUGCUGUACCAGGCCCAGAAGAGCGCGGAGGAGCUGCGAGCACGGGACAAGGACUGUGGGGACCUGGAGCUGGUGCAGGUGAAGAAGCACAUCCAGGUGAUCCUGGAGCGGCUGCUGCGCACAGUCAGCCGCAGAGUGAUCGUCCUGGACCGGGAGAACCCGCUGAGGAGCCACUACGUGGCCUGCAUGGCUGCCAUCCUGAGCCAGAUGGACAAGGACCACUACAGUGCCUACAUCCAGGCGUUCCCCUCCAGGCCUGAGCUGAUGGACUUCCUCAUGGAGACCUUCAUCCUCUUCAAGGACCUGAUUGGGAAGACAGUGUAUCCCUGCGACUGGGUAGUGAUGAACAUGGUGCAGAACCGGGAGUUCCUGCGCACCAUCAACCAGUUUGCCACAACCUUGACCAAGAUGUUCCUGAGCAACAGCAGCUUCGAGCUGCAGCUUUGGAACAACUAUUUCCACCUGGCCGUGGCCUUCCUCACCCAGGAGUCCCUGCAGCUGGAGAACUUCUCCCUGGCCAAGCGCAAUAGCAUCCUGGCCAAGUAUGGGGACAUGAGAGCCACGAUUGGAGCGUCCAUCCGGGACAUGUGGCACAGCCUUGGCCAUCGCAAGAUCGAGUUCAUUCCUGGCAUGGUGGGCCCUAUCCUGGAGAUGACACUGGUGCCAGAGCUGGAACUGCGCAGGUCCACCAUCCCCAUCUUCUUUGACAUGAUGCUCUGCGAGCAUCAGCUGACUGGGAGCUUCAGCCAGUUUGAGGACGAGAUUCUGCGCAGGCUGGACAGUGAGGUGGAGGGCGGCCGUGGGGAUGAGCAGUACAAGCAGCUUUUCAGGAGCAUCCUGCUGAGCUGCUGCCAGAGACAUCCUGAGAUGACCAAGCCUGGGACGGACUUCGUGGAGCUGGUGACUGCGCUCCUGGAGCGGCUCCUGGACUACCGGGCUGUCAUGAAUGAUGAGAACAAGACCUACAGCAUGAGCUGCACCGUCAACCUCCUGAACUUCUACAAGGAGAUCAACCGCCAGGCCAUGUACAUCAGGUACCUGUACAAGCUGAAGGACCUGCACAUCAGCUAUGAGAACUACACUGAGGGAGCCUACACGCUGCUGCUGCACGCCCGGCUGCUCACGUGGUCAGAGGAGCCCAAUACGGCCCCCGUGCCAGGCCUGCACAGCUGCGACCUGCACACCCAGCGCCAGCUCAAGGAGGCUCUGUACAACCAGAUCAUCGAAUACUUUGACCAGGGCAAGACAGUGUAUCCCUGCGACUGGGUAGUGAUGAACAUGGUGCAGAACCGGGAGUUCCUGCGCACCAUCAACCAGUUUGCCACAACCUUGACCAAGAUGUUCCUGAGCAACAGCAGCUUCGAGCUGCAGCUUUGGAACAACUAUUUCCACCUGGCCGUGGCCUUCCUCACCCAGGAGUCCCUGCAGCUGGAGAACUUCUCCCUGGCCAAGCGCAAUAGCAUCCUGGCCAAGUAUGGGGACAUGAGAGCCACGAUUGGAGCGUCCAUCCGGGACAUGUGGCACAGCCUUGGCCAUCGCAAGAUCGAGUUCAUUCCUGGCAUGGUGGGCCCUAUCCUGGAGAUGACACUGGUGCCAGAGCUGGAACUGCGCAGGUCCACCAUCCCCAUCUUCUUUGACAUGAUGCUCUGCGAGCAUCAGCUGACUGGGAGCUUCAGCCAGUUUGAGGACGAGAUUCUGCGCAGGCUGGACAGUGAGGUGGAGGGCGGCCGUGGGGAUGAGCAGUACAAGCAGCUUUUCAGGAGCAUCCUGCUGAGCUGCUGCCAGAGACAUCCUGAGAUGACCAAGCCUGGGACGGACUUCGUGGAGCUGGUGACUGCGCUCCUGGAGCGGCUCCUGGACUACCGGGCUGUCAUGAAUGAUGAGAACAAGACCUACAGCAUGAGCUGCACCGUCAACCUCCUGAACUUCUACAAGGAGAUCAACCGCCAGGCCAUGUACAUCAGGUACCUGUACAAGCUGAAGGACCUGCACAUCAGCUAUGAGAACUACACGGAGGGAGCCUACACGCUGCUGCUGCACGCCCGGCUGCUCACGUGGUCAGAGGAGCCCAAUACGGCCCCCGUGCCAGGCCUGCACAGCUGCGACCUGCACACCCAGCGCCAGCUCAAGGAGGCUCUGUACAACCAGAUCAUUGAAUACUUUGACCAGGGCAAGAACAUGUGGAUCGAGCGGACAACCUUUGUGACAGCCUAUCCCCUGCCUGGCAUCCUGCGCUGGUUCGCUGUGACUGCCACCACCACGACCGUCAUUUCCCCCCUGGAAAAUGCCAUUGAGACAAUGAUGAGAACCAAUGAGAAAAUCAUGAGUGAGAUCAACCGGCACCAGAACGACCCCAGCCUGCCCAUCAACCCACUCUCCAUGCUGCUCAAUGGCAUCGUGGACCCCGCUGUCAUGGGUGGCUUCGCCAAGUACGAGGCGGCCUUUUUCCAGGAGUCCUACCUGAAAAAGCACCCCGGGGAUGCAGGGAACAUCGAGAAGCUGAAGGAUCUGAUCGCCUGGCAGACCCCGCUGCUGGCAGAGGGGAUCCGGAUCCACGGGCAGAAGGUGACAGAGGACCUGCGGCCCUUCCACGAGCGCAUGGAGCAGUGCUUCGAGCAGCUGCGGGCCAAGGUGGAAAGCCAGUACGGCGUGCGGGAGAUGGUCUUCUUUGAGGACCGGCGGAGCGGACGACCCCGGUCCAUGGCCUGGGGACCCGACUGCGACUUGCUGAGCCAUGCUGGAGCCAGCACAGAGGCACCUUUGACCCCAAAGCCCGCUCCCCGCCCCUCCGAGAGUGAGGACUGCAGGACCGAGCACCGGGAGAACCGCUCCAGCUCCCUCUUUGGGUCCCGGCGGCAGGACGUGCGCCAGUCCAUCUCGGAGCUGCCAGAGCCCAAGGAUGAGAAGUGGAGACUGUCCCGCAACAUGAGUGAGAGCAGCCUGGGCAGCUAUGACAGCAAACAGCCCCCGUCGAGCCGAGCUGCUGCUGGUGCUCAGCCCAGUGCUGCAGGGCUGUCUCUGCCUCCCACCGGUUUCGGUGGCCGCCUGAAAAGUGCCAGCAAGGUCCCACCGCUGCCCCGCAGGAUCAGCCCUGCAGUGUAUGAGACGUUCCUGGAGCAGAGUGACGCCACAGCUGGAGGGAAGGCCUUCACACCCCUGACAGCGGAUGGGAACAGAGGCCUCAAGUCACCGCCGCUGCCACUCCCCAAGUCCAAGCGAAUGUCACAGCUCUGACCCAGUGCCACCCCUGCCCAUGAUGCUCCUGUGCCCAGCUGGCUGCUAGACCCACGGCCCUGCUUGACCCUCACCUGCUGAACCACCCUUGCAGCACUGACACCCAGAGCAUCCUGUGCAGCCAUGGGAUCCCUGUGUACCCAAUGCCCAGGGUGGCACCGGGCACUGCCACCCUGUCUCCUGCCAACUCUGGCUAUUGCCCUCCAGGUGCCCCCUGGGAUAGGGACCCACCUGCCUCCAGACGCUUCCCUGCCCCAGUGUUCUUACCAGCCCUCACCUUACUGCUCAGAUGCAGCAGUUCUGCUCCAGCCCAUGUCAGAACUCUGCCACCAGAGCUGUGCUGAGGCCCACCCAAGCAGCCCCCCCAGCCAUCUGGCCACUGUGCCCAUAAGGCCACUGUGCCCUCCCUCCACCUGAACUGUCCCUGCACUGCACCACAGGCAGGGAACCAACCAACUUCCCAGCAGCAUUUGUGAGCAAUUCCCUCCCCUCCUGUUCUCCACUCCAGAGGCAGCUCCCGUCCCUCAUCUGUCCACCCUAUCCUGCAGCACUGGGACACGCUCCUGGCCCAGAUACGGUGACUGCACAGGAGCCAGCACAGCUGGGUGUGCCUGUGGGCCUAGGCAACCUCGUGCUGUGCAGUUCCACCUCUCCUGGCAACACGUGGCACCUGCAUCAGGCAGGUUCUGCUGCCCCGACCAGCCUCUGCCACAGCUCAACCCCUGCCACACCAGCCCAGACCCACAGCUAAUA